AUGGUGGCCCUGCUCCUACUGCUCCCAUCGAUGGAGCUCGGUGCCUCGGCCGGUCCCCGGCUCCGCUGCCAGUCGAUCGGGCCCGGCUUUACGGAGGUCAUUGUCGGCGCCACCGACCGUGAAAUGCCCAUCAGUAUCAAGUCUGAGCUGUCCCAAACCGCCCUUAUUUUGGGUGGCGAACUUUUGCCGAAAGGGCCUGCCGUGCCAGACGUGAUUGACAUGGAUUAUGUCGGUGGGACCACGUCGCGCGAUCGCCACCUCCUCAAAAAAGAGCCCCGGAAUUCAUAUUCGAUCAACAUGCUCAAACUCGAGUUCGUGCCGGCCGCCGGUGACAAGCUCAUGCUCAAGCUCUCUGCUCCGCCGCCGCUUGCUGACAAGCAGGCGUCUCUGGCGGACAACACGACCGUCAUCGACUCUGGCGGAGGCAAAGCCGAGGCGUGCGGCGCCAAGAACGCCCUCGUGAAGGACGUCCCCGCAAAGUCUGGCGCGGAGGCCUCCGACGAGAGCAUCCUCAAGAAAGACCUGGCCGCGGCAGAGGCGCCCGCCGCGGGCACGGUCGACUCCGACAAGGCCAAGGCCACUUCGCUCCUCGGAGCCAAGGCGUGCGGCGUCAAGAACGACGUCGAGGACAUCUCCGUGGCAAAGUCUGGCACGGAGGACGUUCUCAAGAAGGAGCCGGCCGCGGAAAAGGCGCCCGACGCGGGCGCGGUCGACUCGGACAAGGCCAAGGCCAUGUUCGCCGCCCACGCGCCGAGCGCCGUUUUUUGGUCCAAGUUUACGCGCCCGACCGGCCCCAACGGCGCCGUCGAGGGCGCCCUCAAGAAGGACAUCCCUGCGGCAGAGUCUGGCGCGGAGGCCUCCGUUGACGAGACCGGCGCCAUCAAGAACGCGGCGCUCAAGCCGGCCACCAAGGUCGCCACGGCCCUCAAGCCGGCGGCGGUUUGCGGCGAGCCGCUGCCGUCGAUCAAGGAGUUUCCGGAGCCCGCCCAGGCGGCGAGCGCCUUGCUUCUGCGCCGUGGCGACGCCGGCUGGAACGUCUCGACCAAGGAGUUUCCAGAGGAGAAGCCCGCCCCGGCGGCGAGCGCCGCAUUCUGUGCCGGCGAGCCCGACUGGAUCGUCUCGAACUCGCGCAACAAGACGGAGCGCAAGGGCGAGGUCAAGUCCACGAAGGUCUCCAACAAGUACGAUCUGCUCGAGGACGUCGAGACGAACGUAAAGGCGGAGAUCGACGAGGACGAGGACGAGAAGGCGGGAAAGGAGAAGGGCGCGGAGAAGGAUUCCUCGUUCGAGUCGGUCUCGCCCGAGUCUGUCGGUGGCAAUGGCAAGGCGCCCCGCGGCUCCACGACAGACUCGGGCGCGACGGUCAACCCCAAGACGACCACGACCGCCACGCCGAAGGGCUCCGUCUCCGCCUUCGGCUGGCUCUCGUGGCCCAAGCUCUGCUGGCACAACGUGCUCUGCACCGUCUUCAUCUGCCUCAUCGCGAGCGGCGGAGCGUUCGCCUACUUCUCGCACGACUCUGACAGCCUUCUCCCUUCGAUCGUCGUGCCCGACGCGACGGCGCUCCCGACCGAGACCGAGCGCGGGCCACUGUUUGCUCCGUUCAACCCCGCGCCCGGCCCGGUGGUGCCCGACGUGGUCGAAGAUCCGAACUGGCUCCCGUCAACAUCAACGCUCGUCGCUUUGAAUGGCAACAAACAGGUCGAAGUCAAAUGUCGGCUUGUGCACAUGCCGAAGCUGAUUUCUCCAUCUCUACCGGAUCCGCUGCACAUCUAUCGAUCCUCCAGGAUUUGUUAUCCCAACAAUGGCAAGAAGAAUCCGCUGCACAUCUUUGCACACGGUAACUUUGGUGGAGGGCCCAUGGGAUCUGCCUAUCAUGGAAUCCAACACGAUAUCGCCAGCCGGGGAUUUGUCGUAUCCAUGUAUCUGAGCUGUGCAAUUGAUCAGCUCUCGUGCGACAACGGCAACGGGUCCUUCCUGGAAAUACUCAAAUCCGUUUCCUUUUUGGAGACACAUUCUGGAUGGUGGGACGACAGAAUUGACUUUAGUGCCGGUUAUUCUGCAUCGGGGCAUUCGACUGGCGGCCGUGCGGUCUUGAUGUUGGCUGCUUUGGUCGACAACCCAACCAAGUAUCUCGCAACCACCAAAUACGCGUCUAUGAUUACAAAGGAGCAACGCAAAUCAAUUCAGAAAUUUCAGGCAAUUGUAGGGGACCAUCCGGAUCCUGUCUAUCUCCCCUCGAAGAAUCCUGAUUUGGAAAACUUUGUGGUAGACAAGACACCCACCAUGAUUGUAACUGGCUUUCCAUCGCGGGACCUGGAGAUCGAAAUAGUGGCGAUGGAAAGAAAAUUAGUAAUUGCCUCAGAAACAGAAUGA